CACAAGGCAGCCUCUUGGUAAUUACGUCUCGCAAAAUUGUGUGCAAAGCGCCGGUCAAUUUACGUGCACGUGUACUGGUCCUAUGAAAAACAGUGAACACCGGACAUUUUCGUGAAUUUAUAAAACCCGGCCGGACGCCCCGGACAGGACGUAAAAAGUGGACAUGUCCGGGCAAAAGAGGACACUUGGUCACCCUAUUCUAUAAUCACAAAGAAUAUAUUGCGUUUCAGAUUUUUUAGACUUUAGAAUACAUUUAGACAUUGAAAAAAUAAGUGGCUCCAAAUUAUAUCUGUAAGUCAUAACAAGGCAGAAUGUUUGUCCUAACAAGUUUUGAUAGCAGGUCAGAACACUGUGAAGGGCAGAAAUGAUUAUUUGACCGGUGACAUGAUGUUUCCCUGUAUUGAUUAAAACUGACGAAUCAAUGGAUGAAGAAGGCGGAACUUCCUGGAAGAUGGACUUCCUCCGGCUCAUCAUUUCCCCAUCAACGACUGCGCAGAGAAAAAUGAUGAGGAUUCUCUGUUGGUGUCAGAUUAUUCAAUUUUCAAGGUUUCCUCGUGCAAUUUUUCCAACAGGGCCCAAGUAGUCGCUUAGUUCGCUUUUGCCUUGGUCGACUCUGUUGUUAAUAAAGAUCUGGAAAAAAGUAUCUUAUUUUACAAGCUCUUAUUUUGGCAGGCACAACCGGUAACGCUUUUACGUUUAACUCUCUUGAACUUGUCAGCAGCAGGUGCCGCCUGUCAACAACACCGGCUUCAGCUAACGGGACUCUCCGCUACUUCCAGACGCGAUGCACCGGCUUAUAAUGGUGUUUGUGGCCGCCGCCGGGGCGUCUGUACUCGGCCUGUCUGUCUCCGGGCUUGGUGGGUCCCGGGCGGCCGGGCCCUGCCUCGCCCCGCUGCAGUGGGAAGGCAGGUGGGUGAUGUACGACCACGGCACCGGGAGGAACAGCCGGGCUGCGGUCUCCUACGACGGCCUGAAACAGAGGAUCCGGGUCCUGCAGCAGAACAAGAAGCACACCCCGUGUCAGAAGUUUUUUGAGUACAUCUACCUGUACCAGAGCAUGGUGAUGUUCCAGAUUGACCAAAAGACCAAGGAGUGCUCAAAGGUCGCUCUGAUGGAGGCCUGGGACCCCUUCGACAUCCCAGACAACUCCACCUUCGAGGACCAGUACAUCAUCGGAGGCCCCGGGGACAAUGUGGAGGUUCAGGAGUGGUCAGACAGGAAGCCGGCCCGCAAACAUGAGACCUGGGUGGGCAUUUACACCCUUAAGGACUGCUACCCGGUGCAGGAGACCUACACCAGGAACAGCAGCGUCACCACCUCCACUCGCUUCUUCAACCUCCAGCUGGGCAUCAGUGAUCCCACCGUCUUCACCCCACCCAGCACCUGUCAAUCAGCUCGGCCUGAGAGGAUGGCGGAGUCUGGCUGCUGAGGAGCUCACCAUUCACCUUAGAUACUUUCUGAGUCUGAAAUCACUCCCUCGUUCACUCAUCCACUGAUUCUUAUACAACAGACACUUAAUAGUUCACUCAAAGUGAGCAGUAAACUGAGAUUUCAGACACAUAAGCAUCAUAAUUUUGAGUCACCACUAGGGAUGUGCAUUUCAGGCAAAACUACUAUUCAAUAAUCGUUGAAUUAUUGAAAACUACUAUUCUGCAAUAAUCAUGCAGAAGGCAGCAGUAAUACUUUUUUUUCCAAAUAUGAUGAACUAUUCGAUUUUUUAUGAUUUAAUGACGAUUCGAAUAUUCGAAAAUCUAUGCUCAUUCCUAGUCAUCACUUACAUGUAUCCUGUAAUUUUUUGCAUUGGCAAAAUCUGGCACAUUGGAUUUUUGGAUUGUUAGCAAAAAGUCAUGUUUUAGGCACAAUGUGGAGUCGAGCUGCAAAAUUAAUCAAACCACAAUAUGGACCAGAGCAAAAUUCAUAUUGCAGGAAGGUACAAUAUUCAUUAAAUGCAAAAUAUGUGUCAAAAUAUGAAAAUAUUCUGGCCUACAUACUACAGAAAAAAGCGUUUUAAAAAAAGAGAAAUUGACACUAUGACCAUCUUAAUAUAUUCUUAAAUGAUAAUUAAGAGAAAUGAUUGGGAAAUUCUCAUUUCCUCCAAUAUUAUAAAAACAAUUUCAAACCGUGCAGCACUAAUGUAAAGCAUGCAUUUCACACCUGAUAUAGUGCACUAUAUGGUACACAGGGAGUGAUUUUGGACGCAGUCUUUGUCAAAGGUUUUAUAGAAUUGUUUGUUAAUUUGCUGCUAAUUUGCUAAAACUGUUAUCAGGUCAAAGCGCCCUUCUAGCUGCCUAACAAACUAGCUCAUUUGGGAUCCUUAAAAGAUAAGCUUCAUGCUGAAAGGUUACUUAAAAUGUUGUUGGUGAUCAUUGCAAUCAAUUGAUAAUAUUAAUGAGAAUUCAAGCUACCAGUCUGAGGUUAGGUUAUAUAAUAGUUGGGUUUCAGUGAAGCAUUCUGGCUACAUGCUAACAAGCAUUUGCUCAUUGCUUUGCUCACUGCAGGCAGUUUGAUAUAAAUACAAAUCAAACCAACAAAGUGCCUCAUGAACACAAGCAGACACAACAAUAUAUACAGGUAUUAUGGUUUUUAUUUCCUUUGAGAUUCAGGCACAUUUUGUCUGACAUUUUUGAUUUAUAAAAUGUUUUUCACAUUUACAAACAGCAGAGGGUUGGAAAGUUAUUGCCAAUGUACACAUUGUUUCUAUUUUAGAAAUAAAGCAAAUGGCUGGAAACGUGAUGCAUUUUCCAUUCAAAGGCAACUAAUCAGUGGGCCCCAUUGGUGGGAUGUAACUAAGUACAUUUACUCAAUUACUGUACUUUAGCACCAUUUUGAGGUACUUGUACUUUACUGGAGUACUUUUUUAUGUAACUUUAUACUUCUACUCCACUACAUUUAAGAGGCAAAUAUUGUACUUUUUACUCCACUACAUUUAGAAAUAUUUACAUUGAAAAACAUGAUCAAUCUAAGGUGAUUAACCCGUGUGCACCCCAGGUACAUUUUUUGCACAUUUCCAUUUCAAAUACCCAAUAAUUUUACCUGUGUUAUU